CCAGUUGUAGUAAAUUUGCAUGGAUCUGGAUUUGUUCUUCAAACGAUGGGAGAUGAUGCAUUAUUUUGUCAACGUGUUGCUGAUGGAAUCAAUGGGAUCGUAGUUGAUGUGGAUUACGCAAAAGCACCUGAACUUCCAUUCCCACAUGCGAAUUUGGACAUAGAUGCUGUAAUGUCUUGGCUACAAGAUCGUGAUCAAAAGGAUGCAGCUAGUAAAGAAACAAUACCCGUCAGCAAAGCAUUUGAGGUUGAUGGACAUCAGACUCCUUUACGCAUUGAUACGGGCAAAGUGGCAUUGACAGGCUUCAGUUCGGGAGGCAAUCUAGCAUUGACAGCUUGUGUACGUGCAAAACAACGUGAUGAGUUGGACAAGAUCGCUGCAGUUGCAUCAUUUUAUCCCUCUACAAAUCUAUCCGAAUCACCAUGGAAGAAGCCAAAUGUCAAGCCUGAAUCAGGUGCAUCAGGCGGCGUACUCCCACCACCUCUGCGUAACUUUUUCUAUUCAUGUUAUGUUCCAACGGACAAGCAAACUGGAAAAGAUCCGACCUAUCCACUUCGAUCUUCAUCUGUCAUUUCACCGUUAUAUGCCAAUGCUGAUGAGUUCCCACAAAGUGUUUCAAUCAUCACAUGCUCUGGUGAUUCAUUAGCACGAGAAGGUCGACAGAUGGCCGAGCAUAUCGUGGCUGGACAUGGCGUGGUUUGGUGGGAAGCAAAAGGUCAAGGUCAUGCAUGGGAUAAACUUACAAAGCCAGGAUCUGAACCUGAAAAAUUGAAAGAGGAGGCGUACGAACUUGUAAUUGGAAGAUUGCGUUCUGCU